ACAGCCCCUUGGCCCUGAAUGGAUGUGUGUGUGUGGUUCAUCGGUUUCCACGAUUAUCUUAGCUCAUUUAUUUUUAUCCCUUUUACUUCAAUUUGGAGCCAUUUCCAUGUCAAACUUCUAAAUCUCACUUAAACCCACUUCAUUUCUUCUUCUUCUUUUCAAAUAUGGCUUCCAUGGCUUCCAGAUUCUUGAUUAAAGAUUGCAAGUUACAGACGUGUGAAGCGGUUUAUAGACCCAGUUCUUGUUUUCCUGCUAAUAGGAGAAUAAGAUUUCAUCUGGAUAUCAGAAAUGGAAUUUCUUUGCCUGACAAUGGAGGAAUUUGUCCAAUUCAGUGCAAGCCACGAAGUCCAGUUGUUGCUGUUGGUGCUCCUUAUCGGAACUCCCAAGUAUUGUGCAAGGCUGCAACGAAUAUGUCUGGUGAUAUUCCCAGUAGCACACCUAGUGGAAUGAGCACAUACGAAAAGAUAAUUGAAACUCUUACAACUCUCUUCCCUGUGUGGGUUAUAUUGGGCACCAUCAUUGGUAUCUACAAGCCAGCUGCGGUCACAUGGCUGCAGACAGACCUAUUUACCCUUGGCCUUGGAUUUCUCAUGCUAUCAAUGGGAUUGACUUUGACAUUUGAAGAUUUUAGACGGUGUUUAAGAAAUCCAUGGACAGUGGGUGUAGGAUUUUUGGCUCAGUACUUAAUCAAACCCAUGUUAGGCUUCGCUAUCGCAAUGACUCUAAAACUGUCAGCACCUCUUGCAACUGGUCUUAUUUUGGUCUCAUGUUGUCCUGGAGGUCAGGCAUCUAAUGUCGCAACCUAUAUAUCAAAGGGAAAUGUAGCGCUUUCUGUUCUCAUGACAACGUGUUCAACCAUUGGAGCAAUUAUCAUGACACCUCUCCUUACUAAGCUUCUCGCUGGUCAGCUUGUUCCGGUUGAUGCUGCGGGAUUGGCUAUCAGUACAUUUCAGGUUGUUUUAGUACCAACUAUAAUUGGAGUGCUAGCAAAUGAAUUUUUCCCUAAAUUCACUUCAAAAAUAAUCACUGUGACACCUUUGAUUGGAGUUAUUCUCACAACGCUACUCUGCGCAAGCCCUAUUGGGCAAGUUGCUGAUGUCUUGAAAACUCAAGGAGCACAACUAAUAUUGCCCGUGGCUGCCCUACAUGGUGCUGCAUUUGCUAUUGGUUAUUGGUUGUCAAAAACAUCAUUUGGCGAAUCCACCUCUCGUACUAUAUCCAUAGAAUGUGGGAUGCAGAGCUCUGCACUUGGAUUUUUGCUUGCCCAAAAACAUUUCACUAAUCCCUUAGUGGCUGUGCCUUCUGCUGUUAGUGUUGUUUGCAUGGCGCUUGGUGGGAGUGCUCUUGCAGUGUUUUGGAGGAACAUGCCAAUUCCUGUUGAUGACAAGGAUGACUUCAAGGAAUAAAAAAACAUUUCCAUUGCUUAGAGAAUUGUUAGCCUUUACUAGAAAUUCAUGGGAAAAUAUUUGUCUUCUAUUAAGCUGUAGCAUUUGCUUCCCUUUUGUGUUCAAUUUAGGGAGAAAUAAAGAUUUUGGAUUAGCAUUAAAAUUGGGAUCAUGCUUCUGCUUGUAAGUUGAAUUUUCUUAGUUUCUAGUAACAAGUCAUAAAAUAAUUUAGAGGUCACUAGUUCAUGGUAAA